AUGGUAAGCAAAACUGAGAGGAUGUACGCUUAUGUUGCAAAUAAAAAUGGAAGCCUCGUGGACUUGGUGGAUAAAAAGUUGUCUGGCAUUUAUGAUGCAAAACAAGCCAUCACCAUCUUAACCUUGGCCGUAAUGUGCACGAAUAUAUCUCCUACUCUAAGGCCAAGAAUGGCAGACGUUGUGAGUAUUCUUGUUGGUGAGAAAACCUUUGAGCAGAUUAAUCCACCUACUGUGGAUGAUCAUCAGCUUAAUGUAGCCAUGGCUGGUGGCGAAUGUACCAAAGCUGAUUCUUCUACUUCCACAGACGUGACCUCAAGGGCAUCAACUUCAACUAAAUUAAUCAAGGGGAUAGAUGAAACACAAAAUUCUUCUGCAGAAACCUGUCUCGAAAUAUCGGAAGAAAGUCAGACCUCGCAUUAA